AAAUUAAACUCUGAAAUUUGAGAGACUGAAAAAUAUUGAUCGAAAAAUAAUAUUCACCGCUGACAAAUGCAAGCUGCUGUUUCACUAGUUGUCAGCCACCUCAAAAUCAUUUUUGAAAAGAUGAUGAAAAUUGGAAAUUUUUUAAAUUAGUUUGGUGAAGAAAAAAUACCUGUAAAAGGGACAACUUUAAAUAGAUCAGAUAAACUGAACAAAGUUGCAUUUAUCUUUGUGUGAUAACUGAUAAAAUAAUGUGAAAUAAUUAUAAAAUUGCUAUAUAAUGGAGUCUGAUUUGAGGGUUUGAUGACAAAAGCUUUGAUGCAGAUAGUAAACUUAGCUUGCCUGUGGUUACGAUUGCCGAUGAAAUUAUUGUCUUUUCCGAAGUAAAUCAUAAAAAUAAACAUAAAACUGACUUACUGACUUAGUGUGUUUUUAUGAGAAAAAAAAAAAUAUUUUUAUGAAGUUUAAAAAGAAGGAUAUAGAAGUAAUCAAAUAAAUAAAUAAAGAUGUGCUGUGCAUUUUUUAAUGUAAGCUUAAUUUGUCAGCAUGAUAACUAAGUUAUAACCAACACGGAUUAGAUGGACUGACUUUAUACAGAGAUAUUUGAUGAAUUAUAUUUAAAUUGCGUUGGAUUAUAUUAAAGUGCAUUGUUCUUUUUAAAAUAUUUCUUAAGAGGAGGUGCAGCUACCUGACUGUACCAACAACAUUGGAUGAAUGUUCUACAAGAAAAGUCAGCAUCGCCAUAAAAAUGGCUACAGAAACGGCUACCACAUGAAUGGAACUGCUGCAAAUGGGGCACCUCUGGAACAUGAAUACUCAGAGCCAGAGGCCCCACUCCGUCCAAACCCAGAGAAAUUCCUGCCGAUACCAAGAUUAAAAUUUGGAACAGCUGCAGCAAUAGUGUUUCUAAUUUCUGUUGUCUGUUUUGCUGUCAGUUAUGAUGGUGAUUUGGUUUUUGAUGACAGUGAAGCUAUUAUAGGGAACAAAGACUUAUUACCGGAGACUCCAAUAUCAAAUAUAUUCUUUAAUGAUUUCUGGGGAAAGAAGUUGGACUCCAAAACAAGUCAUAAGUCAUACAGGCCACUGACAGUACUUACUUUCAGACUUAGCUACUAUGUUGGUGGAGGCUUGGAGCCCAUCUUUUUCCACAUUCCAAAUAUCAUACUGCACGGGAUAGUUUCUGUGCUUAUUCUACGCACAUUCUCAAUAUUGUUUGGAAGUUAUACUGUUGAUGUUGACUCGGGGGAGACACAGUUUAUGGCAGCAAGAUCAUCUGUUCUCUGUGCUUUACUUUUUGCAGUUCAUCCCAUACAUACUGAAAGUUUUCAGUACAUGUUACUGGGUACAUUAUUACUGCUUUCGGUUUACACUGUGAGAUGCAUUCAGAGAAGCAGUCAGUGGCGCAAUGAGAUGGAACUGUUCUCAUCUGGUCCUCAAGUUUGUCCUGGAAAUGCAAAGGUUCACUAUAAUAUUGGCAAAUUGCAUGCUGACAAUGGAAAUACAGAAUAUGCCAUCACAAAAUACCGACAGGCGAUAGCAUUGAAUCCAGAAUAUGACCAGGCUAUGAACAAUCUGGGGAAUAUUUUAAAGGACAAAGAUGAAUUGUUUGAAGCUGAACAACUCCUGGAGAGAGCUGUAUCUAUCAGAAAAGAGUUUGCAGCAGCUUGGAUGAAUCUCGGCAUUGUAAAAGCUUCAUUAAAAAAGCAUGAGGAAGCAGAAAAGUGUUACGUUACAGCAAUUACACAUCGGAGAAAAUAUCCCGACUGUUACUAUAAUCUCGGCAAUUUGUAUUUGGAGGUAAAGCAGUAUGACCGAGCAGUGGAAGCAUGGACAAAUGCCACAAACCUGAAACCUACUCACUCCCAGGCCUGGAUCAACAUGGCUGUUGUCUAUGAUAAUAUAGAAAGAUUUGAAGAGAGUAUAACUGUGACAAUGAAGGCACUGAGACAUUUACCAGAGGAACCACAGUUAUAUUUUAACCUUGGGAAUGUUUAUGGCAAAAAGGCCGAAUUUGAAGAAAGUGAAAAGUAUUUCCAGAAAGCUAUCAAACUGUCUCCUAAUAAUGCCAAAUUUGUUGCUAAUAUGGCUGUGUUGUACCACAGGUGGGAGAAGUAUGACAAAGCCGAGGCAGCAUACCUGAAAGCUCUGUCCAUCAACCCUGCUGAACCAAAUGUGCAACAGAAUUUAGCAAUGUUACGUCGUAAAAUGAACAAGAAAACUUCUUGAUGUCUCAAAAGAAAUUUACAUUCUUCACAAAAUCAUGUUUCAUUUAUAUGGUUUGAUCAAAGUCUCUUUUCAGUAUUUCCUCUGUUGCCUGGUUUUGAAUGUAAAAAAGCAAGAAUGGUGGCCAGAUAUUAGCAAAGAAUUUAAGCAUACAUGUGUUUGAGCUACCCAAAUGGGUCAAUAGAGUGCACAAGACUUACAAUUUACAAUUAGCUAGUCCUGUUCCAGGGCUGUAGGAAGAUUUUACAAUUAGCUAGUUCUGUUCCAGGGCUGCAGUAAGAUUUUACAAUUAGCUAGUCCUGUUCCAGGGCUGUAGGAAGAUUUUACAUGACAGUUUGACAAAAGAUGGCUUUUUUUCUCUUUCAUUUCUUGAUUCAUGUAGAGAAGUUGUUGCCUUAUUUUAGGAGAAGAUAGAAUUGAGAAACACUUGCUUAAUGACGGUCAUUUCACCUGUUCCAUAACUAUUUUUGGUUAGUCCAAAUGAUAUAUGGUUGAAAACAUGCAUUAUAAUUGUAGGAGAAAGGUAUUUUUGUUAGUUUUGAUCUAAUUGUAUCUGACAACACAGGAUCUAAACUGAUGUCAUGCUGGACACAAUGGAUUCUGCCUUUGCGACCAGUGCAGUCUGAUCAUGAUCUGCACUGUUCACCUAACAGUCAGUAUCUUUAUUGUAUGCCCCCCCCCUUUUGACAGUUAUUGGUACUUUCCAAAUUGAAAUAUGGACAAGUUCAUUAUAGAAAUUUAGUGGGUAAGGGUAAAGUCAGAUUAAGGAAUGAACCAUAUAGAUAGAUUUGUCCUACAUAUUAGAUAAGGAAAGCUCUUUGUAAUUGACAUUGUUUAAGGACAACAAAGCUCACAAGGUUUUACAAGUAUUGUAAUGGGAGGGAGUGUAGAGCACUGCCAGGUGUGUGUAUGUUGUGAGACAGAAUCUCGUGUAUGUAAAUGUAGCAUAAUAAUGCAAGUGUAUAAUUUUCAUACUGUUUUUCAAAAUGAUAUUGUUGAUGUUUCAAACUGUUAUAAAGGAAUGAAAUUGACAUGUUGGGAUUUCAGUAUUGGUAUGUGUACAUGAAGUAAAGCCCUAGUCACUGUAAUAAGUGCCUGUUCAAGUUAUCACAUAAAGUAAAUUUAAAUGCUUGAUAUGGUUUAUCUUCAUGUUUUAUACCUACCCAUAUUUUUUAGACAUUAAUAAAAUCACAGCCUCACAUAUUCUGUCAUAACUGGAAAAAUGUACACUUUUGUAAGAUCUAUCUGUAAUUGUUAGAAGUAUCUAUAAUUUUUCCUACCCACAGAUGACGUGUGUUAUGAAAACAUUUAUAUAGCCAUUUUUGUUGGUUUUUAUGUCUGGUUACCAUUCAUUUUAAUGUAAUAAAUUUAACAUAUCAUUUGCUUACUUUUAUCAAAUUUUAUAUAUGAGAAGAGGGACAUACUGUAAAAGUAAACUCACUCUAGAUUUGCACACAAAAAAACAUUAUUGGUCUAAUAUUUUCUGUAAUAUUCAUUAAUGAAGUGUCAAAUUUGUGGUGGUGUGAAAAGUGAGACAGUGAAUGCAUUUGGAUAUACCAUGUAUGCACUGCCAAUUAUAAACUGUCUUUUCUUUUCAAGAAAAUGUUUAAUAAGCAAGGGACAAACGUCGUUAAUAUUACCAAAAAAUAAAGUUCUAGCAAAUAAGGUUUUUACAGUAAUAUAGGCCCAGUUCAUUAUAUGCUAAAUAUGUACUGUACACUUGUGUGUGUCAUCUUGUAUUUUGCAGAUAACUAUAAAUUCCCCUGCUAGUAGAAAGUGAAUAUUUUUGUAUAUGUAGAUCUAUUAUUUGUAAACUGGACAUAAAUUAGUGUUUUUGAAUGUCUGUGUUUUAUAUCUUUGUUAUAAUUUUGUUAAGAUUUAUUUUUUAUAGUGUCUUUUUUAAAUCAAGAUUUAGUUAUGACUGAAAUAAUUUCAACACAAAAACCAUAUUAGUUGGAGAAUCAGUAAGUAAGCUGAUAGAGGGUUUUAGUAUAAUUUUGUAGAAAUAAUCAGUUUAAGAUGCUGUCCUGUCACACACAUAUUAGUUCAAAAGUCAAGAUCAUACAAGAAGUCAAGGUCAUAUCCAUUUUUGUGUCAUGUUUGUUAGAUAUACAUAUGAGCCACGCCAUGAGAAAACCAACAUAGUGGCUUUGCGACCAGCAUGGAUCCAGACCAGCCUGCGUAUCCGUGCAGUCUGGUCAGGAUUCAUGCUGUUCGCUAACAGUUUCUCUAAUUGCAAUAGGCUUUGAAAGCGAACAUCAUAGAUCCUGACCAGACUGCAUGGAUGCGCAGGCUGGUCUGGAUCCAUGCUGGUUGCAAAGCCACUAUGUUGGUUUUCUCAUGGCGCGGCUCACAUAUAUUUUUCAUUAAAAUGAAAUUCAGCAAUUACAGUGAUUGAAGAAAUAAAAAAACAUAAUUACCCAGUACUAUCAAAUAGUAAAUCUAUUUAAGAUAUUAUUUCUUUUGACUUAAUUGUUGUGAGUUCAUAAUUUACAUGAUUUUAGUAAUCUAAUUAUUAUAAAUCUUCUGUUUUCUCAAUUUCUGUACAGGUUGCCUUUGUCCGAAUAUUGGUCUCGGGGACUACUGAAACAUUCUUUAAAACAAAGUUUAGCACAUUUAAGUCUUAAUAAGCCCUCAACAGAGAAGUGAUACGAUUGAUUCCAACUUAUACAUUGUUAUUCUAUUUUGAUGCAUUUUGUAGGAUUCUUUUAUUAUGCAGUAGAUAUAAUUAUGUCUAUUAUAAAUCUGUGUUUUUUUUGUACGCAGGUUUGCAGUUAAGUUGACAAGCUUUGAUCUCAGUAUUUGUCUGAACACAUUGCUGUGUUAUAUAUCAGUAAAUUUUAUAUAUUGCUAAA